AAAUAAAGGAACAAUGAAACUGACUGCUGCUUGUUUGUUCAUAAACUAUAUAUCUCAUUUUGUCUUACAAAGCCACAUUUUAAGCUCAACUAAUCUCACCAUCACUCUAAUAAGCAAAGAGCAAUUUCAACACUGUACUUUGUUUUUUUUCUUUCUUUCCAAUUUUCUGUUAUCCUUGGGGGAUAGUGUAGAUAGUUAACUAUGUCAUCGGCGAUGAGGGAAGGCGUAAGAUCAGCAGGAGAGGCCUCUCACAAUGGGAUUGUUCGCCGGAUGGUAAGCCUUCCCAGAAGCAUUAUAGGAGGAUUUUCAAGAGCCAUGGGUCAUCGUAUAGGCCUAAUAGGAAUAGGAGGAAGAAAAGCUCAAACUCUACCAUCAAACUUUCAACUGCAGCAUCCAGAAGAUCCCCUCAUUGGUCUAGAUGUAUCAGCUUUUCUACCUAGCCUUGAGCAGCAAUAUGGUACCAUGCAUCCAUUCUUUUAUGCUUGCCAUUUUAUGGAGGCCUUAAAGAUUGCAGAGGGUGAACACAAGUUCUUGUUUAUGUAUCUCCACUCACCGGAACAUCCCUUCACACCCUCUUUCUGUAGGGAGACACUGUCUUCAGAGCUGGUGGUGCAGUUUCUUGAUGCUAACUUUGUUUCCUGGGGAGCACUUGCUGAUAGAGGGGAAGGUCUACAAAUGGCUGCAACAAUGAACCCUUCUUGCUUUCCAUUCUGUGCUGUUAUAGCUCCUGCUCCUGGUGAAAGCAUAGCAGUGCUAAGACAGAUGGAAGGACCAAUUUCCCCAACUGAGCUGGUGGGGAUUCUGCAGAGGACUGUGGAGGAACAAGGGUCGGCUUUUCGUAGUUCAAAGGUCAAGCAGGCAGAAGCUAUAAUAGCAGACCGUCGUCUAAGAGAAGAACAAGACGCAGCAUAUCUUGCAGCUCUGCAGUUAGACAAGGAAAAGGAGAAGCUAAAGAAUCUACCUCCAGCAUACAGAGCUCAGAAACCAGCAGAAGCCCCUACCAAAGCGAAAAAUGAGAGACUUCAAAACUACCCUACCAAACAAGAGUAUGGAAAAACCAAAGAGGCUUCUAGUACAAGAGAAGCUCAAUACAAGGAGGUUGCAAAUAGGGGGAAGGAUCCUCAGGCUGCUGCACAGAUACUGAUAAGGUUUCCAAAUGGGGAAAGAAGAGAGCAGUGCUUCUUGUGCACAGACAAAGUGCAGUCAAUUUACAGAUACAUAGAUUCACUAGGCCUCCCUGGCAUAGCAAACUACAGAUUGAUUUCAAGCUUCCCAAAAAGAGUGUAUGGGGUUGACCAAAUGGGGAUCACACUCAAGGAUGCUGGACUGCAUCCAAGAGCAACCCUCUUUCUUGAACUUCUGUGACAUCAAUUCUUUCUAUAUUUUCACAACUACUGAAAACCAAAAUUGGCAUCCUUGUAAUCAAAAUUUCAAUCUUGGGUUUUUCUAUUAU